CAGGGUGAGUAGCGAAAGUGAAAAUCGCUUUAUCCCAGGACGGAUGCUGUGUCCUCACACCCACGAUCCCGGGCUGAGCUGGCUGUGCCGCAUGUGGAGCUCGAUGUCGCAGGAGCGCGGCGUGCAGGAGCGGCCGGAGAGUCGGGAAGAAGAUGACAGAAAAGUAAGGAGGAGAGAAAAGAAUCGAGUUGCUGCGCAGAGGAGCCGGAAGAAGCAAACGCAGAAAGCUGAUAAACUUCACGAGGAAUAUGAGUCUCUUGAGCAAGAAAAUACCUCCCUGAAAAGAGAAAUUGGAAAGCUAACAGAUGAAAUGAAACACUUGAGUGAAGUGUUGAAGGAUCAUGAAAAGAUCUGUCCACUAUUGCACUGCACCAUGAACUUUGUGACCAUACCAAGGCCCGAUGCACUUGCCAGCUGCCUACCAAGAUGAGUGCUCUCCUCAAUCACCUCUCAGUGUGAUGUGUGAAAGUGCCAUUAACAGGAGGUUUCAAGAGCUGCCUAGUGUGCAGUUCUCCCAUUGAAGAGGGCUGGACUCGACCGCGCAGCUCUACUCCACAAUGAAUUGUUACAGUCUUCUGAAUCUCAGGAAAACACCAGCAUGGAAAAAAAGACAAUUUGAACAGCAGCUUCUAACUUGGUAGACUCUUCAAGCCAUGGUUUUGCCUUUGGAAAUGUCAAAGUGCCAUGCAGCUCACUAUGGAUCAAUGGAGUGUAGAUAGGGAAAAGUACCAACCUCAGCCUGGGAUGCCUUCCUCCCACACAUCCACUGCCAGUAACCCUUUGUCACUUGUCACCCAUGCCUGUCAUGAUCUGGCUGCUGGGUUUUAUCUCUCUAAACAGGUUUGGUUAAUAAAAGUGAUGUCUCAUCUCUAUAAUGUUCUCUACCUUCUUCAAUAAUUCAUGUCUUUAUAGUAUCUCUGCUUUUUAUUUGCUGGUCAAUGCCAAAGUCUAAUGCUAAUUUUACUGUUCUAUUAUUUACUUAUCACCUCUUCAUUGGUUCCUCUUUUGAAGUGUGUGUAACAAAAGAGUUUUCUUAGUCUUUAAUAUUCCAAAUCAUCAGCCCUGCUGCCAUUAGUCCUUGGAGUGUUUUAUAUCCUAAAAUAUGGCUUGGUCAGUUUCUGAUGGUGAUUGUCUGCUCGGUGUGGAAGAAAAGCAAACAGAGUUUGAUGGUUUUAAACAUUGUUUUAAAAAGCAGAUUUUAAAAUUUACUCUCUUAAUGCACCCACUGAAAAUUAACAAGUAUCUUCAUCCUUCCUUCAUCUUGCUUAUUGCCUCUGGAAGAUUUUGUCUGUGGAUUGAGUUUUGCUAAGCAUUUUGUUCUAUGUCCACACUGAAGGUGUUUGAUAAUUGCUUGAAAGAAAAACAUUCUCUUUUUCUUUUUGGUUACAAAAAGGAAGUACAAUUGCAAUGUUAUUGAGAAAUACACAGAAAAAUGUGUUUACUUUCUCUGAAGAUUCCUAAUAGUGUCAACCUCUUGAAAUGUGGAUGCUGUAUCUUGGGAACCAGCAAAGAGUCUUUUUCUUACAGUAUUUCACAGUCAAAGAGCACCUUUGGAUAAUAAAAAUCUCCUCCCUAUUGCUAACUCUCUCACUUCAGCAUUUGGAAUUUUUUUUCAGUUAAACUCAUGGGAUUAAUUUCUCCCCUCACCAGGAUCACAGUAUUUAUCAGCAGAAUAUGAUCUGAAAUGUCUGGAUGUUCAUUUUUUUAAAACUUUUUUUUUUAAAGUUUCUUUAGUAGAAUGGUGCAUUGCUGAUCACUGCCAAGACAGAAUUUGGAGAACCAUGCAGUCAACUCUGCCUUCUAAAGGGCCCUCUUGUACCAUUGUCUUAGGCUAGAAACUCCAGAUGAGCUGUUGGCUUCUUUAAGUUAUGUGUUAGGUUGUUCCCAAGAGAAUUUCCAGAAUUUGCAUCUGCAGCCUAAAUGCUCUCUUCGGAGUUCCUUAUGGUCCCGCAAGAACUCAGUCAUCCCACAGAGAGAAUCUGCUGCAGUCCCUCCCUAGGAAAACCAAAGUCUCAGUACAGCUCAAGAUUCGAAUUCUGGGAAAUGCCCUUGAAACUGUUCAGUGUGUCACCCUUAAGAAUGGAAGCUGUCCUAUGAAUAUUCAUCCACACACCACAUUCCCUCAGGCACUGGGUGCCACUGUGUAAUCUGGGCAGAGUAGAGGUGUAAUGGAGAAGGAGUGGCAUGGUGGAAAUGAACAACACUCACUCUGGCAAAACUUGUCACAAUUUAGGAUGAAGGGAGAGAGGGAAUGUUUCACAUCUCUUAACUAGGUGUGUGCAGCUGACUGGAAAGUAUCUCAUUGAGGUCAGGACUGUACAAAGCUGGUCUCACAUAUGGAGCUCUGUGGACCCUCAAAAAUGGGAGGAAAGAUCAACUAGUCCAAGACAGUCCAUCCCACAGAAUCCUUCUAAAGACACUUGUUCCACAGAUGCUCUCUUCUAGAAGUAGAAAUCUAGUUCUCUGUGUGAAAUCCUGCUCCUUACACAUGUAUUCUUCUAAACAUCUGUCUAGAAACUGACUCCAGCUUGUCACUUGGUGUCAUAUCCAAUUCUGUGGCAGACUCCGCAUCAGUAAGAAUUGUUCUUGUUCUGCAGUUAAAGUUCUGCAGUUUUAAUCCGUGGUCUCUGCACUGGAUUCAUUGCUGUAUUAAUUGUACAGUGUCUAUGCAGAGUGUACAGGGGAAGACAGCAGAAUUCCCAGCAAUGUUGUGUGAUGGAGACAGCAACCUGAGUCCAAGAAUAUGCUGCUGUUCCUUGGAAGGGCUGGGAGCCCUGUGGGAGCCCUCACUGUCCUCACUUUUUCCCCACAACCUCAGGGUACAGCUCCAGCUCUUCCUGUGCAUCAUGUCCUUUAGUAACAGUAGGGCAUGGGUUGCUUCUUCCUCCAUCUCUUGCAUCACUUUUUUUCCCAGGAAUAUUUCCAAAGGGCCUUUUGCAUCAUUCUAUUUGAUAGAGGCACUAAGGCACUUCACCAAUCAGUAUAUUGUGCGACUAAUGUUCAAAGGCAGCUGGGAACCUCUAGUAAAAGAAGUGAGCAAAAUUAGUAUCCCCAGCCACUUAAGUCCAACAUUCUGGUAUAUUUAUAGAAUUAAUGUGAUAGCUGAAUCAUGAGAUGACAAAGACCAUGAGCUGUUUAAAGGCUUCUAUGUCCCUGCACAUACAGAUUAUGCUUUUUGCACGAGCUGUUCGUAAAGAUAUUGAUUUACAGGAAACUUCAAAACAGAAAGUGUGUUCUGGAGCCUGGGAUAAUUUUUACAUGAAUAGGGAACCAGAAAGGAGAACAGAAAGGAAAAAGGCCAUUUCUUAAGGAAGCAACAGAAAAUUCUUUUUCAGAUCCAAACCUCUCAUUUUGCAGCAGUGUUACCCCAUGAAAAAAAAAAGGUUUCACAUCUAUAUAUGGCUAAAAUCCCACUUGAUGUACUGUAGCUUCAAAAAGCUUCCAGUUGGCUUGACUUGUUCCCCACAAAAAUGUGGUCUGUAUCACAUCCACAUGAUUUUCAGAUGCAGAUGAAUAGGGAAGAUAUUUUCUAUAUUCAGAUCAGGGUUCAUGUGAGGUGCACUGUCAACUGCAGUCUUAUUUGUGGAUGUGUCAUGUAGAUGAGGGUUGCUAACAAAGCUGGAUUUUGCCUCUUAGGUUCAUAGUGAAGGUUACAGUUUGUCUAGAUUCAGUUUGGAUUUCUUUUUUUUGCAUUUUCUAUGAGUCUAAUGAAGAAGCAAAGUGCAUCCUACAAACUUACAGACAAAAAUAUUUCUUCUAGGAACAGACUGGGUCCAAUUCAGCUAUUUAUCUAUUAUUUUCUUUUGGGUUUAGUUGGGUCAGAUUAAAAAUGAUUAUAUUUUUAAAAGUUAAUUUUAGCCUCCAAAGCUAAAAAAAUCAACAGAAAGGCAAGGUCAAGCUUCCCAUUACUGCUUAUGUGACAGAGAUCAAUUGUUGUACCUCAGGAGAGCUUAUUAGAAAGUCUUGCUCCUUCUCACUGGUAUUUCACAUUUAUGCCUGUGAACAUUUAUAAGUGCCUUCAUGUACUUAUCCAGUUUCAUUGAAAGUACAUAUUUUAAAAAAAUAAAUUAAAUCAGCCAGUUCUACAGACUUUGUGUUCUUUGCCCUGGUACCAGUUACUGUAAUUUAGUGCUCCUUCUGCAAUGCCUCCUGAUCUCAUCUGCAUUUGGUACUUUCACUAGCCUUUGUAGUUCAUUAUUUCAAAUGCCCUUUUUUUUUCUUCUUCCUGUAUCCUUCUGUUUCCACACAGCUUGGUGAAACUUGCCUUAAUGGAAUCAGUUUUACAGGAUCAAGGCUGAUCUGUAGGGCCACAUGGAAAUUGCACUUCACUUGUAUACCCUGUAUGUGUUUAAAGGCUCUGAUGUGUGCCUUGUUUUGUCACACAAGUGUUAAGGAAGGUGUCAGUGCUGUCUUUUAAAAAGUACUUGAAGGUGGCAUAACCUUUACUGUAGCCUAUCAAACCCAUGCUCUUUCCUGUCCAUAGAUGAAUGCUUUGCUGCUUGGCAUUUGGGGUUUCCAUCUGUGAAUCAGUCUUGAAUUUCAGUCUCAGUGAAAGUGAUAGAUAAAACAACCAUUAAAAAAAAUCCCUUUUCUUCCCAUCAGUGCAGUGAUAUAAUUCCUGUUACAGGAAGGAAGCAUGUCUGAUUAGCAGGAGAAGUGGGGGGUUUAUCUUCUGUCACAAAGACUAAAUGUUAUUCUCUUUAUAGGAGGGGAGGAAUUUUCUGUUUGUAAACCCUGGGUUACUGUCAAGUGGUCAUUGGAGAAACAUUUUAAAUGUACAGAGAGCAUGUGGUAUGGGCACACAUCCAAAAGGGAGGGAAAGAAUGUGGGUUCAUUCUUUGCAGAAAUGUGGGAUUUGCCUCGAUUUCACUGGAAGUAGAAACGGCCCUACAGCUGCCUCAGAGGACAUGCAGUCCUUUGCUUACUCACUUGGGUAAUAUUUAACUCAAGAAUAGCCACAGGCUCACUGGAAGUGGGUACUUCUUAAUAAAGAAACUGUAGUAACAAUCAUCCCUGGGAUUGCAUGCUCCAUUUCUGGCAUUCUUUCAAAAAAAGGUAUUUUUUUCCUACAUAGCUCCCAUGGAAAAAAACUGUAAUGGUAGAGUAGGAAUCUUUUCUCACUGCAGAAUUUUGAAAUCAUGACAUCAAAUGUAUUGUGAAAAUAACUGGCAUAGCUUUUGCAAAUAACUUGUUUCCUGCUAAUUAUGAGUUUGGUCUGCUGUAAAGGAAUCAUUACUGUUCUCUUUAGAAGUGGAAAAACUUAACCACAAAGGUCUUGGUGUAGAAUAAAAACAUUGGUUUGUGAAGUCAGUGCUGAAUGGCUUCCAUGCUCCAGUGUCACAGCUUAUCUCAUCCUGAAGCAGUUUCUUCAUGGAGCCGCAGAGAAAAUGACAUCUGUAAAACCUGUGUUUGCUUUAAAUUUGCAAUAGGAGAGCUUUUAUUGUAUGUGUUUAGAAAGUUCUACAGGCUG